AUGUCUUCCUACACCGAAACAAUCCAGAAACUGAGCCAGUCGGGCCUCUUCAUUCAGAAUUCGGCCUUCAUCGAUGGCAGGUGGUUGGAAACGGAGACGACGUUCGACGUCUACGAUCCCUCCACCGGGCAAGUCCUAGGCACAGCGGCAAACAGUAACAUGGAAAACAUGCAAACCGCCAUACAAAGCGCCCAAACCGCACAGCAAGAAUAUUUCGCCUCAACAACGGCCGCAGCCCGCGGCGCACUCCUCCAGAAAUGGCAUGGUCUUGUCAUGGCUAACAUCGACAAUUUGGCAACUCUCCUCUGCCUCGAGAACGGCAAAACCCUUGUUGAGUCCCACACGGAGAUCGCUUACGCCGCUUCCUUCAUCUCCUGGUUUGCCGCUGAGGCACCCCGCGCCUAUGGCGACACUAUCCCGUCCUCAACAAUGAAUACCGUGAUAAUGACACUGAAAGAACCCGUCGGCGUCUGUGGGAUAAUCACGCCCUGGAACUUCCCCGCGGCAAUGAUAACACGGAAGAUUGCGCCCGCGCUUGGUGCGGGAUGUGCGGUUGUUGUCAAGCCACCCUCUGAAACGCCCUUUACGGCGCUUGCGUUGGCGAAGUUAGCCGUUCAGGCUGGGUUUCCUGGAAGAGUGGUGCAAGUUAUCCCGACGAAAGACCGCAGCGUGGCGAGCGAGGUUGCGGUGAAUCCGCUGAUCAGAAAAGUAAGCUUCACAGGUUCAACCAGGGUUGGGAAGGCGCUUGCGAAGUUGGCCGCUGGGUCGCUUAAGAAAGUGAGCCUUGAACUGGGGGGCAACGCGCCAUUUAUUGUCUUUGAAGACGCGGACCUGGACCUUGCGGUUGAAGGCGCGAUGAUGAGUAAGUUCCGAUGUUCGGGACAGACUUGUGUUUGUACGAACCGGUUUUAUGUGGCACGGCCUAUUGUGGAGGAGUUUACAAGGAGGCUUGUGCAGCGGGUUCAGGAGUUGAAGUGUGGUCCUGGGUUAGAGGGGAGCGCAACGCAGGGACCGUUGAUCAAUGCUGCAGCUGUUAAAAAGGUAAAAGAGCAUAUAGCAGAUGCAGUGAGUAAAGAUGCGGAGGUCAGGACGGGGGGAGUCGUUCCUGAGGAGCUUGGGAAUGGGUUCUUCAUUCAGCCCACAGUGAUCUCGGGAGCAACGGCAGAUAUGGCUGUUGCAAGGGAGGAGACAUUCGGACCAUUAGCGCCUAUUUUUGAGUUUGACAGCGAGGAGGAGGUGGUGAAGCUAGCGAACGAGACGGAGUUUGGGCUGGCAGGUUACUUCUACUCGAGGGAUGUUGCAAGGGUGUUGCGAGUUGCGCAGAAACUCCAGGUGGGCAUGUGUGGCGUGAAUACAGGGAAGAUUAGUGCUGCUGAGGCACCGUUUGGAGGGAUCAAGGAAAGUGGGUAUGGGCUGGAGGGGAGCAAGUAUGGGAUGGCCGAGUAUCAAACGAUUAAGACUGUGACUAUUGGAAAUGUCAUGACCUAG